AAGUAAUGUCGUUGGAGUCCUCCAAACCCUCCCAGAGCGUUGGUGAGGAUUGUUGUUUGUUUGGGGUUGUGGAUGUUGAGGAACAUGUGCUCGGUCGCUCCGACUGUUUAGAAAUAUAAGCGGGAAUGUUUGUGGACGUUGUAAACUUUUAUUUUUAAAUACUUAAAAAUUUGGCAGCAUAAUAUGAGUUAAUUUACUGAAAGGGGAGAAUUUUUCGAGCACUGUUUAAGAGAAGCAAAACUGUAGAAAAUGUAAUGGAAUUUCGGCUAUCAAAAUUUUUAUUAAAUGAUACAGCUACACUUAUUUGAUUAAAAAAGCUGACACCGAUUUCGCUUUUUUAAAAAAUAGUGCAUUUUUGAAAAAUAACAUGUUUUUAUGAUCACUUAACAUUGGCCAAAACUUACAGCUGUUUUUGGCGUCACUGUUGGUGCCCUUUUGAUAUGGGUUGACUGUUUCGAUUCGUAUUCUUAUGAAAUACAAAUCAAGUGCGGCACCACACAGGUGUCUGUGAGUUCUGAAGGGUAUGGCUUGUCUUAAGCAGAUUCGCAGGGGCUUGUGGAAAGCCCUUGCUGUGUCGGUGGCCCUCUGCAUUGUGGUUUAUGUCGCCUACUUGGAUGCCCAGAUGCGCUAUCGGACAUCUGUGGUUCAGGAAAGAAAAGAUUCUGGUCAGUGGAAUGCAUCCACUAAACGCCGGACACUGAUGCAAAGAUUGGACUGGUGGCAAAAAAAUGGGAUUGUAGUGAGAUCUUCAAACAAUGACGGCGAUAAGUUGUCAUCGUUUUUCGACACGGAUGAAAGGCGGGACUUAAACAAAAGAGGUUUGAAGCGACGUCUUCCCGGUGCCAUUAUCAUCGGUGUGAAAAAGGGCGGCACCAGGGCUUUGUUGGAAAUGUUGAGGUUGCAUCCGGAUGUUGUAGCCCCGGGACCUGAAAUCCACUUCUUUGACAGGCACUAUGACAAAGGAUUGCACUGGUACAGGUCACAGAUGCCUCUUAGCUACGACAUCCAGUUAACCAUGGAGAAGACCCCCAGUUACCUGGUAACUUCCGGUGCUCCUCAAAGAGUUGCUAAUAUGUCUAAGGAUGUGCUGCUUUUGCUGGUGGUCAGAGAUCCAGUGACCAGGGCACUGUCGGAUUACACACAGGCCUCCAGCAAGCGACCGCAGGACACUAGAUCUUUCGAAGACAUGGCUUUCAGAAAUGCAAGCACAGGACUUGUGGAUGCGGACUGGACAGCCAUCCGGAUCGGUCAAUACGCUAAGCACUUAGAACGCUGGAUGCGAUAUUUUCCUCUCAGUCAGAUCCUAGUGGUCAGCGGUGAGAAAUUGGUGGAAGAUCCCGUCCAAGAAUUACAGGCUGUACAAAAGUUCCUCGGCCUCCGACCCCUCAUCGGAGCCCAACACUUCUUCUUCAACCAGAGCAAGGGUUUCCCAUGUCUCAGAAAGACGCCUCAAAGUACGGUGCCCCAUUGCCUCGGCAAAACCAAGGGUCGCUCCCAUCCUUCGGUAGCCCCAGCCGCCCUACAGAGGCUCAGAGACUUUUUCCGCCCCUUCAACCAGAAGUUCUAUAGGAUGGUUGGCAGAGACUUUGGAUGGUCGUGACGUGGAAGAAACAGAGACUUUGCAUUCAGCUGUUGGCAAAGCAGCUCCAUUUUGGAAUUGGCGUUUUAAACUAUGUACAAAUAUUUUAUGGACAGAGGUGUUUUUUCGUAUGCAUUUAUAAAUAAGUUUGAUAUAAGAGGAUAAAUGUUAAAACCAGUGUCAUAAGCAAAGGAUGAGCGGAAGGAAUGUGGAUUCCCUAUGCGGCAAUCUUGGGUGGGGCAUUGCGAAAACGGAAUUUUAUUGCAUUUAUCACAUGUUUAAAGUCGCAAAUUCAGACAGGAGCAAAGAAAUAAUUGUCCCGACCAUUUAUUAUGCAACCUUUACUUAGCUAUAUAACUGGUAAAUAAGUAAUUUUUAUUACUUACUUUAAAGUGGAAAAAUAAAAUUCAGGAUGCCUGCGUUGUGUUUUUAUGAAGGAUGACUUAUUGAUCACAGGGCAUGACUAAUUAUUGAAAUGUUUCUUCAAGUAAUGGUUCACAAUUUGUAAGACUACUGUAAUUUAUAAAUAAGAUUUCGUCUUCGCAAUUGGAAAAUAAUGGAAUAGAGCCCCCACUUUUUAACGAUUUGUUUGAAUAUUAAUACACCAUUUUGAAACUGUGUGAGACUUAUAAUCGUGGUCAGAUGAUAAGGAUGGAGCCUUGGUUGGAUCCUACUACGUACCAGAUUUUGACACUGUCUGGCACAUGUUUGAUAUAGAGAGUUUUUUAUAAGUCAGGCUCAAGUACAGGAUCAGGUAUUUAGGGAAAUCAGGUUUCGAAUGUAUAAUCCUCCAAUCCUGAUGCAAGAAUUUUUCAUCAUGUUUUUCAACCAAUCAAAAAUGAUCGCGUACUUUAUGUUUUAUAUCGUGACAUUAUGGAUUGUCUUUUAUGCGGCGUAAAAGUUGUUUAACUGAGCUGUCUUCUUUUAUACCAUUCUUGGGAUUUGAUCUCACUUCUAAAUUUAUAGUUCCUCAGUGUCUAAAUUAAAUAAGUUAUUUUACUGAUUAUUAAUUUAUAUUCUGUUUUUAUAAGCUUUAUCUACAUAUAUAUAGAUUUUGAAAAAAAAAUCUUAUGUAAGUUUUAAAUUAUCGAGUUCCUAAUAACCAAAUCAUAAGGAUACCGAAAUUUUCAUUUCACUGGAAAUGCUAGCCCAUUAAAAAGAGCCAUGGAAGUAAUUGAUGUUUAUUUCUGUUUUGAUUGAUUUCUUUUAGUAAAAUUAAAUAUUUAGUAUUUUUAACCCCUUAAUCACCGAGCCCGCAAGUCAAACGGAACAUUGUUUUAUAGAAUACUUGAGAAUAUGUGUGUGUUGUACCGAAUUAUGAUGUAUUUUAUUGAAUUCAUUUCUGUUUAAAAGUCCACGAAGUUAUAAGUCGAUGUCUGUUUGACUUAUGGAUAUGAUGAAUAAGGGGUUAAAAAUAGGAAACAUAAGCAAUACCAAAUACAAAGACGAUUCAUUGAAGUGAUUUUUAACCAAAUCGGUAGGAUAAAACAUUCCUGAAAUGGCCGGUGUUCAUCAAAGUAGAUUAUAAAAAGCGCAAAGCUUUAUAUAAGCCAUUACUUAUAUAAAGAAUAAGUAAAAACGGGCGCAUUUUACUAAUAUUAAUGAGAAAAAAAAUGGGAAAUUUUUUGAAAUAGCUCUUCUGAAAAUGCCUUUCUUUCAGAAAGAUUAUUUUAGAGAAAUCUGUCCAAAUUUGCAUUACCUGUAAGAUAAGGAUAAUUACUUUACCUUAAAGUCAAUGAAUUUAUAACUAAAGCCUACAUGUUUUUUGGUUUGAAGUAGAAACGAAUAUGCUAUAUUUUAACUACCUUCUUUUAAUUAAAUAACUUUUAGAAAAAGAAUUCUGCUACAGUUUUUAAGUGUUAAUAAAAAUAUUUUGAAAAUGACUUUCAAUAUUUCUUUUCAUAUUGUGCCAAUUCUGUUAAACGUGCCUUGAAACGUGGCUGAAAGGAAAUUUAUAUUGUAAAGAAAAUAUAUUUUAAGUUUAUUGUUGUUUGUGUAUAAAAUAAAUCUUUAGAAGGGGAAUAAAUAAUUGUAUUUAUAGUUUUAUAUUUAUAUAUAUGCUGUUAAGGUGUUUUAACAAAUGCCACUUGAACAGUGUUGGAAGAAAGUAUAUGCUUUUGUAAUGACAAACGUCCUAUUUAAAUUUAUAUAUUAGUGUAAAUAUAUAUUUUGUGUCAAUAAAGAUCUAUGUUGCUAUUA